CUCGUCUCCCCGUCUCACUGACGGCGGUCCCCACCGCCCGACGCCCGCCCAGCCCGCUCGUCGGCGCCCCCGGCGAAGAGAUCCGGCCGUCUCCGGUUGCUUGGAGCCGGCGAGCUGCUCGCGCUGGGCGACGGGCGACGGGAUGGAGGCGGCCGGAGCGCGCCGGUGGCCCGGAUCUUGCCGUCGGCGCGUCUCGGCGAGAGGGGGACUCUGAACUUUCCAACUUCGGUGUCCUUGUCUCCUUGAGUUCAUGUCAUAAAUCAGAGAAACCAUGGAAGAUCUACAAGAUUGCAACUCGAAAAGCCUGGUUGCUCUUCCCGGCUCUGUGGUUCUGCAUCUCUUCAGGCUGUUUGGUCAGCAGGAUCAGAAUUCCUGGCAGAAGUACAUACUAGCUUACUUUCUUUUGGUCAGGAAUGAGUUCUCAAGGGAGUCAAAGAAACAAUCAGUUUUGAUUGGAUCAGAUGUUCACUGCUGUGAUAUUUCAGAAUUGGAUGUGGAUUUUUCAUUUGCUACAGAUUUGGACAGUGAAGACCUGGAACUUCAGAAGCAGAAACCUGUUCUGAAGAUUCAGUCGGGAGGUGAUUCAAGUGGCAACAGAUCAAAUGAUUGCUUCUUUCCAGGCCUUCAUGAUGACCUGGCUCAAGACUGUGUUGCUUGGACAAGCAGAUCAGACUACCCGUCACUUUCUUGUCUGAAUAAAAGGUUUAAUUUGUUAAUUAACAGUGGAUAUCUGUACAAACUGCGGAGGAAAUAUGGCAUUAUUGAGCAUUGGGUGUAUCUGGCUUGUAGUUUGAUGCCCUGGGAAGCAUUUGACCCUUCACGAAAGCGGUGGAUGAGGCUUCCGAGAAUGCCGUGCGAUGAGUGCUUCUCCUGCGCAGACAAGGAAUCACUUGCCGUCGGGACACAGCUGCUUGUCUUUGGCCGGGAAUAUACUGGCCUGGCUAUUUGGAUGUACAAUUUACUGACUCGCAAUUGGUCCCAAUGCACUCCAAUGAAUCUGCCCCGCUGUCUUUUUGCCUCGGGAAGCUCAGGCGAGAUUGCUAUUGUUGCUGGUGGGUGUGAUAGUAAUGGACAUGUGCUGAAAUCUGCUGAGUUGUACAACUCGGAAACUGGCCACUGGGAGACUUUACCAGACAUGAACCUGGCCAGGAGGCUCUCUUCAGGUUUCUUCAUGGAUGGGAAGUUUUAUGUCAUUGGGGGUGUAUCUAGCCAGAGGGAUUCAUUUACUUGUGGAGAGGAAUAUACUCUUGAAACAAGAAGCUGGAGAAGAAUACUUGAUAUGUACCCUGGAGGGACCAGUGCCUCUCAGUCACCUCCUCUUGUCGCUGUUGUGAAUAAUCAACUCUACGCCGCUGACCAGUCGACGAAUGUGGUUAAGAAGUAUGAUAAAGCAAAUAACACUUGGAACAUAGUGAAGCCAUUGCCCGUCAGAGCUGACUCUUCCAAUGGUUGGGGCCUAGCUUUCAAGGCUUGCGGUGACAGAUUGCUGGUCAUCGGUGGCCACAGAGGACCUCGCGGCGAAGUAAUAUUGCUGCAUUCUUGGUGCCCUGAAGACGGGGGCGGUGGUGCUGACUGGGAGGUGCUCUCGGUGAAGGAGCGUGCUGGUGUCUUUGUUUACAACUGUGCAAUAAUGGGGUGCUGAGUUACCUUUGUUUCAGUAUAUGCCACUCGUUUAGCAAGCCAACCCAUUUCCUGCCGCCCUUUAGCCAUCCGUUACAAUGACUUGUAAUUCAGAAAUGACACACCCCUCUUUUCGUGGAGUUCUCGAUUCAAUGUCUGAGAGCAUAGAGCAAUCUGUUCAGUUUACCUGGAACUUCUUUUUUUAACUCUUUUCAGAAUUC